AUGAUGCGCCGCAAAGAAACAUAUACCAACAUCACUCCAAUCCCCUCCUGUGUACCCCGCCAACUGGCCCUGGACAUCCUCCACAGCCACAGCGAGAUCAUCACACUAAACCCACUGGUGCUCACGCACGAACCAAUCAGAGCCCCCCGCAACGCCGUUGCAGAUGAAUAUUACUCCACGUGGUACGAGAUUACCGAACGAGUCCAAUAUGUCCCCGGCCUGGGCAAAAUGGGCUCUGGCAAAAUCUGCUUCAAAGGCUGCUUCAACAAUGUCCCCUGGGGUCUACAGACCCACAUGUACGCGCCCAUGGGCAUCGACCUGCAAAGCAAGUGGCGGAUAGGAGGAAACCAGCCCGACGAGCCGCCCGAAACAUGGGAACGGCGGACCGACGGUGCCCCGCAGAAUGGGCUGUAUCUGCGUGAGGAUAUUGAGAUUGAGUGUAAUCGGACGUUGAUCUCUUUUGUCAAGAAUCAGCUCAAGGCCGCGUCGAAGGUUUUGGUGGAUCGGCUUAUUAAAAAGGCUGAGUUGUUGGAUGCUGGUAUUUUGGAGGCGAUGAUGGAAGAUGGUAAAUUGAAGACGUUUAAUCCGGCUGAUCGGAGUGGUCAGGGCUUGCGCCCUUCGUACUCGACUCGUUCGAGGAGAUACUCGGAUCAGAUGUCUUCGGCUUCGUCGUGUUAUGAGCCCAGGUCGCCGGUGUCGGUGUCUGCGCAGAGAUACUCGUUGCCGCCGAAAUAUGGACCCGAGUCGAAGAGGGAGGUGGCCUUUGAGUUGCCUGCGGAUUAUUACCAUCCAGCGCCGAGUGCUGGGGGUGCGCAGGAAUUGUCUGACUCGACGAGAAAUCUGCACUCGAAACCUGCACCGUUGGACAUGGGUCGCGCUGAGUUGCCUGCCACUGAAGAAGUUUCUGAAGAGCGGGAGACUGAAGACUUGCCUUACAGGCCUUACAGGCCGAGGGGCUAG